AGCGUAGCUACGUCACAACAACACUGGGGACUCGCAGUGAGUAGCUAAUCAAACUUAAUAGUUGUGUUUACUUGUGAGAAACAACAAACAUAUUUUAUACAGACACAUGGGGACAUUUACAGCCUUAAAUAUGCGACAGUUCUUGAGAGUUCAGCCGCGUUACCGACACGUUUAGGUAGAAGAAAGUGUGGAGAAGUGAGCGUCACUCACUCUGCGCCUAAAGGUGUUGAGCUGCUCCUCAUUUCAUCACAGAGAGGCUAAACACACGUGAUCACAGGGCGUUCCCUGUUUUACUGCGUGUGAUCUGCUGCAUAAAGAUACUGAUCUGCAAGUUUAGCUUGAUAUACCAGUACGAUGUUGGGAUUCUAACCAAAAAUGGCGGAGGGUUUCACCCCGUUUCUCCUGUCUGGGAUGCUGAUGUGUGGUCUGCUGCUCCACACGGUGUCCCAACAUGGAGCCAGUGAUGAUAAGCCCAGUAAGAAGCCCAAUUUCAUCAUCAUACUGGCAGAUGAUAUAGGCUGGGGUGACCUGGAUGCUAACCAGCCUGGAGAGAAGGCAAACAACAACACGCCUUACCUCAAUCUGAUGGCUGAGCAAGGACAAAGAUUGACAGACUUCCAUUCUCCUGCUUCAACCUGCUCUCCAUCCCGCGCUGCCAUCCUGACGGGCCGCUACGGCCUGAGAAACGGGGUGACUCAUAACUUUGCCGUGGGCUCUGUGGCCGGUCUGCCUCUGUCUGAGGUCACCUUGCCACAGCUCCUACAGAAGGCGGGAUACUACACCGCCAUGAUCGGGAAAUGGCACCUCGGCCACAAUGGACCAUACGGCCCAACUAACAGAGGUUUUGACUACUACUUAGGUAUUCCUUACAGUAAUGACAUGGGCUGUACUGACAUACCUGGAUUUAAUUUGCCACAGUGUCCUCCCUGUGACUCAUCUGGACCUCAAGUGAUCAGAUUGAAGAGGAGUGUCCAUGGUGGCUGUUAUUCCAGAGUGGGCCUUCCUCUCAUUGAAAACAGCAGUAUUGUGGAGCAGCCGCUUGACCUGUGGUCGCUAACGGAGCGAUACAAAUCCACUGCAACCAGGAUUAUACGUAAUGCGAGGGAACAAGGACAGCCCUAUCUCCUCUACAUAGCGUUGGCUCACAUGCACGUUCCCCUGGCUCCUCCGCUCCCCCCAGACGCCUCCGCCACCGCCACAGAUGACGGCCAAGUGUACGCUGCCAGCCUGCGAGAGAUGGACAGCCUGGUGGGGGCGGUAAAGAGCGCCUCUGAUGACACAGACAAAGACAAUACUCUCAUCUGGUUCACCGGUGACAACGGUCCAUGGGAACAGAAGUGCCAGUACGCAGGAAGUGUAGGACCUUUCAUGGGAAAGUGGCAGACCAGCAGAGGCGGAGGCUCAGCUAAGCGGACCACCUGGGAGGGAGGUCACAGGGUGCCGACAGUGGCUUAUUGGCCCGGGAGGAUCCCUGCAAACACCACCAGCUCCGCCCUACUCGGUGGUAUGGACAUCUUCCCAACACUUCUGUCCCUGGCAGGGGUAACUCCCCCCUCAGACCGGCGUUACGACGGCAUUGACGCCACAAAUAUCCUCCUGCAUGGUGAACAGACUGGUCAUGAGUUUCUGUUCCACCCCAACAGUGGUGCUGCUGGGAAGUUUGGUGACCUGCAGACAGUUCGAACAGAGAAACACAAAGCUUUCUACAUCACAGGUGCAGCUGAGGCGUGCGGUGGUGCAACAGGAAGGCAGCAGCUCCAUGACCCGCCGCUGAUAUUUGAUCUGGAACGCAACGAGGCCGAGGAAACACCCCUGCAGGUCGAGACGCCCGAGUACCGGGCGGUGGCGGAGAGGAUUGCCCGCGGGAGGGAGAAGCUGUUAUGGGACAUUGCCACCGACAAGUCCGUGUCCACAGCGGACUACAGCACAGACGCAUCAGCGGCGCCCUGCUGUGACCCCAGACAGGCUGUUUGCCGCUGCCACACGCUGGGCUGAAGGGUGGGGAAACACACAUACAAUACUCCCACACACACAAUAGGCUGAAAGAGAAGCACACAUACGUACUCAAACAGACGUGGAGACAGAUAACUCCUUUAGACGUGCUCAGCUGUUUUGUUUGUAGAAGGUGUUUUUUGUCCUGACGCAGCAGGAGACGAGCAAACAAGCAGAGACAGCUGUACUUUGACAAGUUGGUAUUGUGAGGUCAAUAAUUUGGGACAGAUAUGAUCCUUCAGACAGUAAAGACAAAGCUACAAUGCAGUGUAAUACGUUAUUCAAUGCUUUUUAAUGUCCAAAUCUUAGCGUUAUUAUUAUUUUAUUAUAUAUUUGAUGAGAUUUUAUACAAUAUUCAAGCAUUAGCAACAUAAAUGAUGCCAUUUAAAAAAACAAAAUCAUAAGUACACCAUGCAGAGGUUGAAUCACUUCUCAGCUUUAAUGAGUUUCUGGUGUCCAGUAUUGAACAGCUCAAUGCAGCGUACUGGUGUCCUAACAGCGCCACCUUUUGGCAAAUCAAAUGGUAUUACCAUGUUACUUAUUACAACAGUGCUAUAUAUAAAUGUUAUAUAUACACAUUUUAUACACACAGUAAAAAUCCUCAAUAUAUAUUUACGCACGGUAAGUCUAUGCGUUCGAUGUGUAAUACUUAAAACAUUUUGCAAAAAAGAAUAUUUAAUACAUCAAAGUAAAAAUGACUUAACAUACUGUAUUCAGCAUCAUGUAGUAAAUAAAAAGGUCGUCAGGAUAUCACUGAAA